AUGUCAGAAUCUAUCGAGAAGAGCUUUGCAGCUAUUGUGAAGCGAAUUGAGGAGCUGAAAGUCCCAGUUUGGGUUUGGGGUGCUCUUGGAGCUGUUACUACGGUUUCUAUUCUCAGGAGUCUGUUUCGACCACCACACGAUGCCAAAGGCUAUUUUGCGUACCCUAUACUGGGAAACCUCCCACAAGUGGGAUCAGUAACGAGAAUGGCUCAUUAUGAGCUCGAAUCUGUUCUCAAACAUGGUUAUGUAACCAAAUCAGUCCUUGCUGGGAACGAGUUCCUUUUGACUGCCGAUCCUGCGAUUGUCAAAAAAAUACUGAAUACGGAAAUGGACGAUUGGGGCCGCGGCAAAGGUCUUGCUGCGUUUGUAUUCGAAGAUGUUGCUGGUGGCCUCAUCAUACAGCCCAACGGCCAAGAAUGGAAGGAGACAAGAAAAUUCUUUGAUCCUUCGUUUGGCGUGCCCUCCAUCAAAUCAUAUACACCCAUCAUCCAGGGACGUAUGGACAAAUUCCUCACCUGGCUCGACGGUCAAGCAAAAUCAUCUGUCAACAACAUUAAAGGACCUGGUGUCCCACUCGAGAACGUGCUUCAUGGAAUUACUUUCGACAUUAUUGUAAUGAUUGUGCUUGGAUUCGAUCCUGAUUCGAUAUCUUCUGGGGGCCAUUCUAGAUAUGUCCAGGCUUGGGAGUACGUACUCAAGUCUCUUCAAGAACGCUUUCCCUUGGCUCAAACGCAAUACUGGAAGUGGAUGAAAACACCGGCUGUGCGAAAGUACGAUAGGGAAUAUGCUCUCUUAACAAAUCUGGUCAUGGACCGUCGAGAUCAUUACCUAAAGAAUGGUGUGAAAUCCACGGAUGUGGAUAUGAUGGCCCAAUUCGUCCAGAAGUCCAAGGCUGAUGCUAGUAGUGUUCCUCCACCGCUCACUCGUGAAGACAGAGAGUUUUGUUUGCACUAUGUUACGAUGAUCUUUGCUGGACACGAUACAACGGCGUCAGGCUCCGCAUGGACGUUCAUCUUCCUUGCUCAGAAUCCAGAGUACAAGCGUAGAGUCUACGAGGAAAUCAAAUCACUCGGAUCAGCACCAUUCACAUACGAAGCACUCGAGAGUCUUCCCUUCUUGAACGCUGUCGUAAAAGAGACACUGCGAUUACGUCCCAGUGCUCCGGAUCUCUUCAGGUACAUGGAGAAGGACAAGACAUACGAGUGGAUUGAUGAUGAAGGUGUUAAACGAUCACACUUUGUUCCAAAAGGUUGUGAGCAAGGAUAUCAGCCCUACGUGAUCCACAUGCAUCCUCGAAACUAUGACAACCCUACGAAGUUUGACCCCGACAGAUGGCUAGAUGGCAGAGCAAAGAACUAUGACCAAUACGCAUACGUUGCUUUUGGGGGCGGACCACGUCGUUGCCUUGGAGAAAAGCUUGCACUUUAUGAAAUCAAGACUGUUGUAUCGACUCUUCUGAGAGCCUACGAUUACGAACUGGUAGAGGGUAGCAAGCCAGAAUUUGUGAAUGCUAGUACUAUGAGGUUAAAGGAUGGCUUAUAUCUCAACCUCAAGAGACGAUGA